AUGUGUGUGGGUACAGUGCCCACACUCUCCCUUGCGUUACGUUUACCUCACGCGCAUGGUUACUCACCUUUCAUUUUCUCUGGCAUCUACGCUCUCUCGUAUACCAUUAGUGAUCGUAGGACAACGAAAUUGAUAGGAAUGCUGGACACCAAUGGGACUGCAGAACUCACCGUGCACUGUGCGAGUCCGCUACAGCCCUCAAGUAACAGUCGUAACUCGAAGCAGUUAAGCCCCAUAACACCGAUCGCCAGCACCAUCCACUCGGCAAGCGCCAACAGUCCACUCUCUCAAUGCCAGCAGAACACCGCAGAGGUUGGCAUCGGGGGACCGCACUUUGCGCUUGCAUUGACUGCUGUCGGGGCUGACACCGCUGCCGGGGAGGCGGUUUCCAUUGCAAACGGAACAUUCAGUGGCAACGGGCUCUCGGCCUACGUAUCGAAAUUGUCGGAAAUAGUUGGUGAACCGCCAUUUACAGAGGAAGAGAUACUUGAAGAAUUGGAAAAACUGCGCACACGCUCACAGCUAACGUCAGCACCUUUCAACCGUCGAUUAUUACCCAUACUUGCACGGUAUCAGCUAAGAGAGAAGUGGGGGCCAGCAGCGGAGCCGUACGCCGAGCGUCUCGUCACAGAUGAUGGUUCAGUGGUUCCUUCAUUCCUCCCAGAAUUGCAUCGUAUUCGUGAAAGACGGCAGCAGCUGGAUAAGGUGCAGAAGUGCCGCUCCUUCCACUGCUACAAAAUACCACCACCACCGCUCCGACCCCAAGGAGAAACAUCCACCACGCGACCACUACUGGAGGAGGAGUUAGUCGCGGCCAAACAGUUUACACGUUCUUGGCUGGGGCCUUCUCACAAAGCAACGCCUGAUACCAAUGAUUACAAACACACUUUCAACAACGAGGGACAACAAACGCCAAGGGGGAAAAGAAUCCCUGAUGUGUUUUCCAGUCCGCAGACACCACAGACGCCGACAACGGAAAAAGAUCACACGGCUCCGCAGCGGUUGCAAACUCCCACCCAGAUACACACGGCAAUGCAGUCCAGUCGCACCAAGACUAUGCUGGUUAACAGUACCAUAGACAUCCCAAAUAAUCAGGGAAACGAUGCCAAUGAAUCCCGUAUACGAGGUAUGAGUGCCAGCAGCCUGCUGGUUAACAGUACCAUAGACAUCCCAAAUAAUCAGGGAAACGAUGCCAAUGAAUCCCGUAUACGAGGUAUGAGUGCCAGCAGCCUGCUGGUUAACAGUACCAUAGACAUCCCAAAUAAUCAGGGAAACGAUGCCAAUGAAUCCCGUAUACGAGGUAUGAGUGCCAGCAGCCUGCUGGUUAACAGUACCAUGGGCAUCCCAAAUAAUCAGGGAAACGAUGCCAAUGAAUCCCGUAUACGAGGUAUGAGUGCCAGCAGCCUGCUGGUUAACAGUACCAUAGACAUCCCAAAUAAUCAGGGAAACGAUGCCAAUGAAUCCCGUAUACGAGGUAUGAGUGCCAGCAGCCUGCUGGUUAACAGUACCAUAGACAUCCCAAAUAAUCAGGGAAACGAUGCCAAUGAAUCCCGUAUACGAGGUAUGAGUGCCAGCAGCCUGUUGGUUAACAGUACCAUGGGCAUCCCAAAUAAUCAGAGAAACGAUGCCAAUGAAUCCCGUAUACGAGGUAUGAGUGCCAGCAGCCUGUUGGUUAACAGUACCAUGGGCAUCCCAAAUAAUCAGGGAAACGAUGCCAAUGAAUCCCGUAUACGAGGUCUGAGUGCCAGCAGCCUGUUGGUUAACAGUACCAUGGACAUCCCAAAUAAUCAGGGAAACGAUGCCAAUGAAUCCCGUAUACGAGGUAUGAGUGCCAGCAGCCUGUUGGUUAACAGUACCAUGGGCAUCCCAAAUAAUCAGGGAAACGAUGCCAAUGAAUCCCGUAUACGAGGUAUGAGUGCCAGCAGCCUGCUGGUUAACAGUACCAUAGACAUCCCAAAUAAUCAGGGAAACGAUGCCAAUGAAUCCCGUAUACGAGGUAUGAGUGCCAGCAGCCUGCUGGUUAACAGUACCAUGGGCAUCCCAAAUAAUCAGGGAAACGAUGCCAAUGAAUCCCGUAUACGAGGUCUGAGUACCAGCAGCCUGUUGGUUAACAGUACCAUGGACAUCCCAAAUAAUCAGGGAAACGAUGCCAAUGAAUCCCGUAUACGAGGUCUGAGUACCAGCAGCCUGUUGGUUAACAGUACCAUAGACAUCCCAAAUAAUCAGGGAAACGAUGCCAAUGAAUCCCGUAUACGAGGUAUGAGUGCCAGCAGCCUGUUGGUUAACAGUACCAUGGGCAUCCCAAAUAAUCAGGGAAACGAUGCCAAUGAAUCCCGUAUACGAGGUAUGAGUGCCAGCAGCCUGUUGGUUAACAGUACCAUGGGCAUCCCAAAUAAUCAGGGAAACGAUGCCAAUGAAUCCCGUAUACGAGGUAUGAGUGCCAGCAGCCUGCUGGUUAACAGUACCAUGGGCAUCCCAAAUAAUCAGGGAAACGAUGCCAAUGAAUCCCGUAUACGAGGUCUGAGUGCCAGCAGCCUGCUGGUUAACAGUACCAUAGACAUCCCAAAUAAUCAGGGAAACGAUGCCAAUGAAUCCCGUAUACGAGGUCUGAGUGCCAGCAGCCUGUUGGUUAACAGUACCAUGGGCAUCCCAAAUAAUCAGGGAAACGAUGCCAAUGAAUCCCGUAUACGAGGUAUGAGUGCCAGCAGCCUGUUGGUUAACAGUACCAUAGACAUCCCAAAUAAUCAGGGAAACGAUGCCAAUGAAUCCCGUAUACGAGGUCUGAGUGCCAGCAGCCUGCUGGUUAACAGUACCAUAGACAUCCCAAAUAAUCAGGGAAACGAUGCCAAUGAAUCCCGUAUACGAGGUCUGAGUGCCAGCAGCCUGUUGGUUAACAGUACCAUGGACAUCCCAAAUAAUCAGGGAAACGAUGCCAAUGAAUCCCGUAUACGAGGUCUGAGUACCAGCAGCCUGUUGGUUAACAGUACCAUGGGCAUCCCAAAUAAUCAGGGAAACGAUGCCAAUGAAUCCCGUAUACGAGGUCUGAGUGCCAGCAGCCUGUUGGUUAACAGUACCAUGGGCAUCCCAAAUAAUCAGGGAAACGAUGCCAAUGAAUCCCGUAUACGAGGUAUGAGUGCCAGCAGCCUGUUGGUUAACAGUACCAUGGACAUCCCAAAUAAUCAGGGAAACGAUGCCAAUGAAUCCCGUAUACGAGGUCUGAGUACCAGCAGCCUGUUGGUUAACAGUACCAUAGACAUCCCAAAUAAUCAGGGAAACGAUGCCAAUGAAUCCCGUAUACGAGGUCUGAGUGCCAGCAGCCUGUUGGUUAACAGUACCAUGGGCAUCCCAAAUAAUCAGGGAAACGAUGCCAAUGAAUCCCGUAUACGAGGUCUGAGUGCCAGCAGCCUGUUGGUUAACAGUACCAUGGGCAUCCCAAAUAAUCAUGGACGGAGUGCGAAAAAUAUUUGA